CUCGAAUCACUUCAAAAGAAGAAAACACGCCACGAACUUCACGAGCACCAGCAAGAAGUAUCACUAGCACCAAACUUUGACGACGACGACGACGACAGCACGAGCUCGACACGACACAGCACGAAGAAGAAGCCGACCAUUUUCGAUGUCGGAUCUCGAGAGCCCGGACGCAAUGCCCCGGCUCAUCGCCUUCCUCUCCUUGCUGCUCCAGAAGGUGGCAGAGUCCAACGAUCCGGGCCGCCGGAUCCAUCCCCCCCAGAGGAUCUCGGUCUUCCAUGGCCUGACGCGGCCGGCGAUCUCGAUCCAGAGCUACCUCGAGCGGAUCUUCAAGUACGCCAACUGCAGCCCGUCGUGCUUCGUGGUGGCCUACGUCUACCUCGAGCGGUUCGCGCAGCAGCAGCCCGCGCUGCCGAUCAACUCCCUCAACGUCCACCGCCUCCUCAUCACCAGCGUCAUGGUCGCCGCCAAGUUCUUGGACGACAUUUACUACAAUAACGCCUACUACGCAAAAGUCGGUGGGAUCAGCACGGUGGAGAUGAACUUCCUCGAAGUGGAUUUCCUCUUUGGCCUGGGCUUCAACUUGAACGUGACGCCCACCGCAUUCCACACCUACUGUUCUUACCUCCAGCGGGAGAUGUUGCAGCAGUCUCCUCUCGCCGCCAUGGAAGACGACGGCAGACCACAGAAGCUCCGCCUCAUCUGCUUUAAUGAAGACGAAGCUUCCCAUCAGAAGCAAGAAUUAGCUGUCUAGUUUUUACAAUUUCUUUUUUUUUUUUUGGGUUGUCAGCAAUUAACAUGUUAAUUAGACUUUAAGAGAAACGCUCUCUGUUUCUUUCUUUUUCGGGUACAAGGACAAAUGAUCUUGUACAGAUGGAAGACCCUUCUUUACAGUCUGGCUAAUGGGAGUCUCUUCGCCCAUUUCUUGACCCCAGCAUUAAUCUUGUUCUCUUUUUUCUUUGGCUGGAAUUUGCUGUUUAUAAGCUA